AUGAGUUCUUCGUACAGCGUGAUCGUCCUGUUGUUAGCGGCGUUCGUGAGCUGCUCGCUGAUCGUGAACGCGUUGGCCGUUGGUGGUGACGAUGGUUCCGGGGCAGCGAGCCGUAUUGGCAACGGGCAAGCGGCCAGCCCAACCCAAUUCCCGUUCAUGGCCGGUAUUCUGAUAUCGGGAACGAACGAGCGUUCGUUCUGUGGUGGUGCGCUCAUUUCCCGUCGCUUUGUGCUUACGGCAGCGGCCUGUGUCGUUGGGUCGAACACUUUCACCGUCCUGCUGGGGGCCACCGAUAUGACGCGCAUCGAACAGAUCAUUCCGGUGCUCAACAUUCCGUCGCAUAUUAUUGUCCAUCCGGGCUACAGUGCUCUGCUGAAUCGGGAUGACAUUGCGUUGCUGCAGCUGUCCCGGGAAGCCGAUUUGACGCCGACGGUACAGGUGGCGAAUCUACCGCGUCGCUAUCAUACUGCGUUCACGUUCAACGAUUGGCCAGCGACGGUGACUGGUUGGGGUAAUACGGGCAACCGGGAUAAUGAGCCGAUCCCUCUGCAGCAGCUACUGUAUGCCGUUGGUCCCGUUGUGUCGAACUUUGUUUGCGGGAUUUCCCACAGCUUCAUCCGUGAUGGCAACAUCUGUAGCUCGACUGAUAAUGGGGGACCGUGCAAUGGUGACGAAGGUGGUCCGGUGUUUGUGACGGAAGGCGGGGAAACUUUCAUCAUCGGUGUCCACUCGUUCCACUACGAUGGCCUGUUCGGAUGCGAUCGAAGCCGAUCGUCGGUUCAUACGCGCGUCACCGAGUAUCUGGACUGGAUCCAGGCCAACAGUGACGUCGUGAUCCGGGCUUAGAGCCAAUGAAGUGAGCUAAAGAAAUAAAGACUUUGAAACUGGAAAA